AUGGUGGCUGCCGACAAGGAGCUGGAGCUGAUUGCGCUGGAGGGCGCCCUCUGCGUCAAGGGGAAACGCUACUACUCCAAGACGGACGAGGCAAACCGCAGGUUCUGGUUCGAGCAGGUCACGCACCGCAGCAAGACAGACAAAAUCUCCGCGUACACGUACAGGGACGCGCAGACGAAGCCGCGCCAGGCCACGCACGCGGAGGUGCAGCUCACAGCGGACUUGGCGGCCAUGGGCGUGCCGCGCAGCGCGUACCUGGUGGAGGCCGAGAUGAAGAAGACGCACGAGACAAACGUGGCCACCCCAGACAUCAAGUUCCACUCGCCCACGACCAUCAACGGUGCAUGCGUGCAGUGGAUUGACGUAAAGUCCGGGCUCACCUUCCCGAGGACAUCCUGCCCGCGGCUGCUGCACGACUUUGGGCGCAAGCUGCGAAAGUACGUGGACAUGCACGGCGCCGGGAUCGUGCUCAUGCACCAGGUACCGCUCAGCACGCAGCUGGAGCAGUGGGCGCUUCGCGUGCUUGGCGAGGAACGCGCCGCCAAAGUCACCUUCUGGACGCGCAUCCGACAGCACACCACCACCACCACCGUCAGCAGCAGCAGAGGUUGGGGUGGCAAGCACAAACGAGGAAGUGGGGGCAGCAGAGGAAGCGGAGACAGCAAAGGAAGCGGAGGCAGCAGAAGCGACGAACACCGCCAUCAUCACCACCACCGCCAGCAACGUCAGCAACGUCAGCAACGAACAUAUGAGCAGGAUGGUGAGACAGCCACGAACAUGGGCAGGUUGCUGCAGCGCCACGGUGAGCGCGAACUCUCGUCGUUCAUGAACUCCAACUACCAGGAUUACCAAGACGACCACAGCGUCAGCAGCAGUGGCAGCAACACCCGUGACUCCUCUGUUGACAGCAGUGCUUCAUCAUUGCACAUGCUGGGCGACGGCUAUGGAUACGGCUAUGAUGCCAACUGUGGCAAUACGCGUGCUUACGCAAACACUCCCGUGACAACCUCUGCUCCGGCCUCACCGGAGACACGCCGCCGCAACAGCGGAGUGAGCAGGCCAAACGGGAGGCAGCCACAUCAUCCUCAUCCCAAUGCUCGCUGGGGCCACGGUGGCGAUCAGAAACAUCUGCAUCGCCGCCGCCGCCGCCACACGCGCAGCGUCUCUACCCCGCCCGGCCUGGAUGGGCUCACAACCACACGUAGCACUGAAGGUACCCAGGACCAGGAGGAGCAAAGGCAAACGGAGGUCUACGUGCCGCCACACAGGCGCCGCACGAGGCACUGA